AGGAAGCGCACUUGUGGUAUGAGGUCUGUGCAGUGGAAUGAAGCAGCAGCGCAAAAAACCUCCAAAUGAUGAUGUGACAGAACGUGAUAGCAGAGAGAACCGCUUAGCUUUCUGUUCAUUCAUCUGAGAGACGCGAAUAAGCACGGUAGCUCCUCUUAUUUCUAUUGAGUAAAGAAGUCGUUUGGGGAUCAAGCAAGUGCCAAAUGCCAAGACUAGAGCAACACUGUUGGAGCUGUUCCUGUUCCACAAGGGUGAAGUCUGAGAAUAUUUCAAGUGCAAGCUGGUUCGCAUCUAAAGUUAGGGAAAUGAUGACCAUCAUCACAACCAUUCUCAGCAGUGCUUACGGCUCCCUCCACAGCAUACGAACUGCUAACUUAAUCAGGCGCGGUAUCGUCCUUUUUACCGUGGGAGUUUUCCUGGCUUUGGUUCUGAACUUGCUGCAGAUACAAAGAAAUGUCACCUUAUUCCCAGAGGAGGUGAUUUCCACGCUCUUUUCGUCGGCAUGGUGGAUACCACCUUGCUGCGGCACAGCUGCUGCUGUUGUUGGUUUGUUGUACCCAUGCAUUGAUGACCAUUUGGGAGAGCCGCACAAGUUCAAGAGGGAGUGGGCCAGUGUCAUGCGAUGCAUUGCAGUAUUUGUUGGCAUCAAUCAUGCAAGUGCUAAACUCGACUUUGCCAACAAUGUCCAGCUCUCCCUCACAUUGGGAGCUCUCUCCCUGGGGCUGUGGUGGACGUUUGACCGGUCCAGAAGUGGCUUUGGGCUUGGUCUCACCAUUGCCUUUCUUGCCACUCUCAUUACACAGUUCCUGGUCUACAAUGGUGUCUACCAGUACACAUCACCAGAUUUUCUGUACAUUCGUUCAUGGCUGCCAUGCAUAUUCUUCUCCGGCGGAGUCACUGUCGGAAAUAUCGGACGCCAACUAGCUAUGGGCAGUAUGGAGAAACCUCACAGUGACUAGGGAAAGAAAGAGAAGAUGGCUAAGGAAAAAGGAAGAGAUUUGCAGUGCCAAUGCAGAGAACCUGAACAUUGAGACCUCAGAUUUCAUAAUUUCUGCUGAGAGACAUUCAAGUGAAAGCUCAUCUUUUGCUCCUGAUUUUACCCCGUUCUUUUCUUAAAUGAAUAGAAGGUCCGGACAUGUCGGAGAAAGGUGCCAAUACUUUUGGGGAGGUUCGCACUUCCUCGUGGCCAAAAGGUUCCUCUGUCCACCGUUGUCAUUGGUCCAGCUUGCCCUACAGGACACAACACAAUCAUAGAGAAUCUCUGAUUCUCUAUGGCGAAAAGUUAACUGGUUUCAGUUUUACUGUGUAAGAAUGAACGUUGGCCUUUUUGCAUUAAGUAUAGGUGUGGAAAAAAAGAAAAAAAAAAGAAGGUGCUACAAUGUGUGCUUUUUUGCAUGAGUGCAAAUUGUCCACUAAAGGGAAAGAUUUCAGGGCUUUGCAGAAAUGUCUGAAAGAUCUUAAACCCUCCUCCACAUUUGCUUCAGUACAAACACCAUAGGAAAAAUAAAUAAUUACCAAAUGGAGUAUUACACAAAAAUAUCAGUGGGGCUCAUUUCUUGGUUACAAGAAGAAGAAAAAAACCAAGGCAGUUCAGCAUACACCAAAAUAACCUGGUCAAAAUGUAAGAUUUGGCUAGAUUCCGGAAUGCCUUUUCCUUUUUUGUGGGAAAAAACAAGUAUUUGAUUUGUCUUUAAACGAUGAGUCUAAAUUAGGAUCAAAAUUCUAUAAACAAACUGAUUUAUCUUGUUUGUUCAUAGCUCACUUUCUUUUAAUGUUUUUGAAUUUGUAUUUGGAUGCUGGUGUGCGCGGACUAAGGGGAGGACAUGACAUAUUUGCAGAGCCUUCAAAAAUUUGCAAUCUGUGAUUGCCUUUGUAUUAUAGAAAUGAGUGCAUUUGUCACUAUUUAAGUUGAGUUUUUUUGUUUUGUUUUUUUUUGUAAAUAAUUUAUUGUAUAUCGCUUAUACAUAUAAUUGCUUCUCUAUCUAAUCAUAAUGGUAUUGCCAUGCUAGACCUAGUUACCGAGUUUGGGGUCUAGAUGAUUAAAGUGCAAUCAGUUAUACACCUGAGCCUUGUAUUCUUUCAUAUUUAUUACUUCUGAUAUUUGUUACAAGUAAGCAUCUUCAGAAGCAUAUGCAGUACUGAUAUAAAUUGAGCAAUAACACCAGUGUUUAUUUUGUGUCUCCUAAAACUAAAGAAGUUGUGUCAGAGGUUCCUUGGUGUUUUAAAUCGUCACUGCUCCUAAAUGAUUACUUCUUAAAUGUACCAAUGAUCCGUUUCACUGUAAACACAAAUCGUGCUGUGUCAAAAUCAUGCUUUCUCUCCCCAUAUAGCCACAUUUUGAACAGGAGAAACUGAUAUCAGGAAUUACUUUGCAUUUGAAAGACUGACCGAAUGUUUUUGGAAGUGUUGGAAGCAAAGCAAAAUUGUGUGACAACACAGAUGAGACGUAAACCAGACGUGCUGUGCAUUCAGCUCUGUUUGACCCCUGACCCUGCCUUAGCUCAGGUAGACGAAAGAGUGAAAGCUUUAUUUUUCUUUUGUAUUGUUUUUUUUUUUUUUUUUUUUUUUUGAGGAGAUGGCUUAUGAAGCACCUUUUUUUAAUGUGUAGAGUGUGUGUAGAGUGUGAGUGUGUGUGUGUAUUCAUUGACUUUUCAGCUGUGUAUCAUUUCUAUUACCUUGACUUCCAGUGGAAAAAAAAAAGAUGAAUAAAAACAUUCUGACUGCCA